UUCUAAUGUCCUAUGAUUGGCUCUGGCAUGUUUAGUUUCUGUUUUUUUUUCUUAUCCAAAUAAAAUGUUGUGUUGUAUAUGAAAACCAUCCUAGUUUUUCUCCUUUGCCCCUUCUUAAUCUCAGCCUCCGGGGUCCAUGGAAAAUCUCAUUUUCCUUCGUUUUCCUUGUUGUUUUUGAAGAAAAAUGUUUGGUUGUUGAUGGGAUCUUGGUGGGUCCGCUUUGAUUUUUUUUGCGACAUUUCUAGUUGCUUAUAGAAUGGGAGCUUGUUGCAGUAGGGAACCAUAUGGUAAUGGGGUGGAUGUAGAGGAUGCUGUUGCAGACAGAGAACAAGAGGAUGAUGAGGAAGGUGAUGCAACUAUUGGAGAUUACGGGGCCCGUGUGAGGUUAUAUGGAGCUUCAAAAUAUCCAUCAAUGUACACCCAACAAGGAAGAAAAGUGACCAAUCAAGAUGCUAUGACUGUUUGGGAGGAAUUUACUGGUGAUAAGGAUAUGCUUUUCUGUGGAGUUUUUGAUGGUCAUGGCCCCUAUGGUCACAAAGUUGCGCGCCAUGUACGUGAUACUUUACCAUCGAGGCUCUCUAGUGCAAUCAAAGCAUCACAGAAUAAUAGCUUCAAACGUAGAGAUAACAAAGGAAAAGGAGAGAAUAGCAACGAGGUCAAUAAAAAUCAAAGUGACGAAGAUAGUGGCGACUAUGAUGAUAGCAGUAGUCUGCUUUUAUCUUCGUGGGAAACAAGCUUCAUGAAAUCUUUCAAGGAAAUGGAUGAAGAACUUAGCCUUGAUGCCAGCAUUGAUAGCUUUUGCAGUGGAACUACUGCUGUGUCUGUAAUUAAGGAGGGAAACAACUUGAUAAUUGCCAAUUUGGGCGAUUCUCGUGCUAUUCUUUGUUCUAGGGGCCCCAAAAAUCAACUUGUUCCCGUCCAACUCACUGUUGAUCUAAAACCAAAUAUUACAAGUGAAGCUGAAAGAAUCAAGAAUUCCAAUGGCAGAGUUCUUGCAUUGGAUCAAGAACCAGAAGUUUUCAGAGUAUGGAUGCCUGAUGAAGAUUGUCCUGGUCUCGCCAUGGCAAGGGCUUUUGGAGAUUUCUGCCUGAAAGAUUACGGCCUCAUUUCAACUCCUGAGGUUUCUUAUAGAAGGCUAACCGAUAAGGAUGAAUUUGUGGUUCUAGCAACUGAUGGGGUAUGGGAUGUGUUGACAAACUAUGAGGUCGUAAAGAUUGUUGCUUAUGCAAGGAAGCGAUCCAUGGCUGCUAAAUUGGUAGUGAAGUAUGCUGUUCGUGCAUGGAAAAUUAAAUAUCCCGGAUGCAAGGUCGAUGACUGUGCAGUUAUAUGCUUGUUUCUGAAGAAUCGAACCUUGUUAACCAGAUCCUUUUCUGAACUGACCCAAGUCAGUGUGAAUCACUCAGAGCUUGAAGCCUGCUCUGAUGUGAGCCUGGCCAAGCUUGAAAACUACUCUGAAGUGAGCCGGGCCAGUCUCAAUCACUCAGAGAUUGCAGCCGUUCCAAGAAAGUUUAGAUCCAAGACAAGAGGGGAAAUCUCCGAAAAUGCCAAGACUUAUCUAAACUCGGACGAGAAUGACUGUCCUCCUGCCAGAUUAGACAAAGUAAAUUCAUCAGGUAAGUUCCCUCGAUUGCGCCAUGUUUUGAGUCGGCGAAAAUUAACAAAAGAUUAUGAAGCUGUUGAAGCUUGGUGACAAUCUUCUUCUGUGUCUUAAACCUAACAAUGAGGUUAUGCCGAAGUGGCCUGCACUUCUGGGAAUACUUAUGCCUCGUUUGUAAAAACAUAGAAAGCUAAGAACCAUGCUGGGUUUCUCCCCGUUUUGCUUGAAAUUAUCCCUCAAUUCAAUUUUAACUGGAAAUACUAAUAGAUAAAUGGUCAUUCGUAGCACUCUUCACUA